GGGGGAUUUGGGGUGAGUGCUUAUUUGUGCCCUGGGUACCCCUGGAACUAUAGCAGGGUGACACCCCAAUGUAUCUAUAGAUCUGUAAUGGGUGCAGAUUUGCCCAGUGUAAGCCAAUGAUCCAUCUUUGCUUGACUGACAACUGUUACAUAACAGAAAGAAUCCCCCCCCAGUGCCUGUGCAGGAAGCCCCCCUAUCUGUCUGGCACUUCCCUCUCCCACCCACUGGCAUCCCUAUUUAGCUCCACGGCCGGAUGGAAGCCUUUACAUGGAAUUGGAUGUCAUCAGAGCAGCCUGAGUGUGGGAGGGGGCUGGGGUAUAAAGCAGGGAGCCGGCAACAGGAAUCACAAGCAAAGAGCUCCAGGCAGAGAGACAGAGAAGGGUCCUACGGUGACAGAGAAGGGUCCUACAGCCACAGAGAAGGGUCCUACAGCCACAGAGAAGGGUCCUACAGCCGCAGAGAAGGGUCCUACGGUGACAGAGAAGGGUCCUACGGUGACAGAGAAGGGUCCUACAGCCACAGAGAAGGGUCCUACAGCCACAGAGAAGGGUCCUACAGCCACAGAGAAGGGUCCUACAGCCACAGGGAAGGGUCCUACAGCCACAGAGAAGGGUCCUACAGCCACAGAGAAGGGUCCUACAGCCACAGGGGAGAGGAGAAGAUCAUUGGAUUUAUCCUUUCUUGCUGCCCCUUAUCCUUCUGCCCAGCUGCCCAGCAUCUCCCCCACCCUGUGCCAGCUCUUCAGCACCCCCCGUCUCUGCUCCUCUUCCUCAUUCGCCAUGUCUGCCCCCCAGGCUGAAGACCACCUGUGCAGCUACGAGGAGGCCAUUCGCCAGAGCACCUACCUGGAGGGAGACUUCUCCCAACCUUCCUCCUCCAGGGGUCCCCUAAGGCGGCCCCGGCACAGCCGGCUCCUGACCCAGCCUCUGUCCUUCGAGGAGAUCCGAGAGGUGGAAGAGGAAGGGGUCUCCCCAAGUGAGGAGGAGAAGGCAAAGAAGUCCUUCCAGCGAUCCCUGGAAUCUCUCAGGAGAAACUCCUAUCACAUGUACCUGCGGAGGGAGAAGCUGGGGGGCGCCAGACACAGCCUGGACUCGGUGCUAUGACUGUAACAGGGGGGGUCUCUAACUGUGUCCCUAGGGCCACCCAUGAACUUUACUGGUGGGAUUACCUCCUGCGCUGGGUGUCCGCUCCUUGCUCUGGAAAGGGGGCCUCAAGAAAUUCAAGGGCUGCCCACUAACGGGUCAUUCGGAGCCAAUAAAUGUGCCGCACACAAUGCCAUGUCUUUUUAUACGGUGAUCUAUGCACUAUGUGUGAAUGCUGCUGUGGGGGGGUGUAUAUACUCGCUACUGAUGUAGGAUACGCUGGGCUGUGCUGGGACACGCUUGCUAUCUGGAUUGCUCAGUAUUUAUCGGCAAAUAAACAGAUUUAUUCUAACUUUUUA